AUGGUAAAAACAUCGAAGUCUCAUCCGAUCAUGAAAUGUGCUCGAGAUGGAGAUGUCCGAUCUCUCAAUACAUUAUUACUGCAUCACGGAAGCAACAACACUUCUCCUUCCUCUCAAACUGCUGCAACAACAAACAUCACAAACAUUCCGAAUACAAGUGUCAUCAUGUCGGGCACUACAUUCACCUUAAAUUCGCCUCGGAAUGUUUCAGAGACCAUCACGAUGUCAACCUCCACUUCAAUGCCUUCCAUGAUCAUGUACAAUCAUUCUUAUCAUGGUAUCGGAGGAGGAUCGUUGAGUGCUGGAACUACAAUGAUGGCCGCUGCUGGCCAUCCGAAUAACACUGCUGUUCAACAAUUUCAGAAUUUACAUUCGUUAGUGAAUUACGUGGAUGAAGAGGAUACUCCAUUAAUGAUGGCAUGCAGACAUGGAAAUUUUCAAACUGCCCAAAUACUGUUAGAACAUGGAGCAAGCGUUGAAAUGGAGUCAGCAUAUGAUGGUUAUCCACUCCACAUUGCAAUUUUAGGGAAAAACCUGAAUAUUGUCAUGUUGUUAGUGGAACAAUACCACGCGAAUAUUCAGCAACCGUCAAGAUAUUAUCAUGAAACGCCACUAUUUAUUGCAGUUGCUAACAAUAAUUUACAAAUUGCCAACUAUCUCAUUGAGAAAGGAGCCAAUGCAGAUUAUUGUAAUUAUUGUUGUCUGCAUUUGGCAUGUACAAAUAAUAAUGAAGCAAUGGUAAAACUCUUGUUGGAACAAGGAAAGGCAAAAGUGAACAUCAUGUCCACUCAAAAUGAUAUCAAGGACAGAACCACUCCCCUAAUGAUAGCUUGUCGAAAUGGUAAUACUCGAAUUGUCAACCUAUUGUUGGAGCACUACGCAAAAGUGGAUAUUUAUGAUCAUAAAGGACAAACGCCACUUCACAUUGCAGCAAAGCUUGGAUAUUUUGACAUUGUGAAAAGUCUACUUCGUCACUGUGCAGACAAAAACAAAAAAGAUUCUGAAGGGAAAACCGCAGCUAAUGUUUCAAAAACUAAAGAAAUUGAGGAUUAUAUACGACAUUUUUCCAAAAAGAACACACAAAUCUAUGCAAAGCUGAAAAAGGCGUACGAAUAUUACGAAAAACUACUUUUCAGUAACGACAAUGACAUUUUAUUGAAAUCGAACGAUUUAUUUAAACCUCUCAAUAGGGAGCAAGUCAAUUACAAUUUGCUCAUUGAUUGUAUCAAUUUCAAAAGAAUGGAGUUGAAAGAAGAAUGUGGUCCAGCCGAGUUAGAAACACGCUUUCAGGAAUAUAUUUAUAAUUUAGGUUAUAAUUCAUUCAAGUUGGGUCUAAAACCAAUUCUCAAACUUCUCAUUCAACACUUUAAACUUGUUCCCAUUGAGCUUCAUAAGAGAAAUCCAAAUCAGGUAGAUAUUACCUCCAACCUGUAUGACUACUGUGUGAAUGUACUGAAUAAUAUCAACAAGAAACAAUUAUUUGUCAAGUACAAGAACAACAGAAUACGAAUGGAAAUAACCACUAACACGAAACCAAAAGAUUUGAUGGACUCUCUACGAGAAAACUUUUUCAGUAACACCAAUCGUUUGUUUUCGAAACAGGAAUUACUAUUGGUCUAUGAAUGUCAAGGUAGAAAUAUUACAGUGAACAAACCAGAAGAAAUGGAGGACAUGUUGAGGUACUUUUUUGAUAAGAGGAAUGGUCACAUUGAUCAAUUUGAAGUUGAACUCAUUUACAAUGAAACAGAGUGGAUACCUGUUCAUGAAUUGGGAAGAGGAACCUAUGGAGUUGUUUAUAUGGCUCUCGAUCAAGCUCCUCCCUAUCAACGAGUAGCCGUUAAAGAGUUCGACAUUAAGAAUGGUGACAAUACUAAAAUUCCAAAAUGGAAAAUUGAGCAAGAGGUCAAAUUAAUGAGUAAGAUUGAUCAUCCACACAUUAUCAAAUAUAUAUCGACCAAAUCAACCAGUAACAAGUUUUACAUCAAGAUGCAAUACAUGUCUGGUGGAAGCUUGAAAUCCAUGAUUCAGAAAAUAAGCUCAGCAGAAAAGUUGAAAUAUCCAAAAUUAACAAACUAUCUCAUCCAGAAAUAUGCCUCUCAAAUUCUGAGUGCUCUUGUAUACUUGCAUGAAGGAAGUGAGACUCGUAGAUCAAUCGUACAUCGAGAUAUUAAGAGUUCCAACAUUUUGCUGAAAGAUGUCAACACGGCAGUAUUGUGCGAUUUUGGUGAAAGCUUACUUUUAAGAGACGACAUUUCAACUAAUAUGAAAAUGACAAAACCAGAAAUUGAGGAACGAAUUUGCGGAACUCUUCUCUUCAUGGCUCCAGAAAUGUUCAGAAAAACCGUUCUCAAGAAUGCCAUCUAUUCGGAUAUUUGGAGUUUUGGAUGUACAUUGUGUGAGUGGAUCAGUGGUAAGAAUCCUUGGGAAGAAACUGGUCUCCUCAACAUUAAGGAUCGAGAAGGUCAAAUUCGUUACAUGAUUCAACACGCCGAUGAAUUGGAAAAUUACAUUCCAUCUUGCUAUUACGAUGAAUUGAAACAACUCAUUCGAAAAUGUUUGAGAUAUCAUCCAACAUCGAGACCAACCGCUCGACAACUCUUAGAGGAACCCUUCUUUAAGAUUAAAUUCGAAGAGGACAAGUAUGUGAUAUUGGAACGAAAUUUUAUCAUGAACGAAAUUCACAAAGAAUUGAAUCAGGCCAUUAAGAGAGUCGAAGAAACCAAACAAGAACAAACAGUCUUUGAACGAUCCAUUGAUUUGCAAGAAAUGGGUCAUCAACAUGACUUGAGUGCUUCAACCUCAUUCUCCUACCUCACUCAGUCAGAACACCUUGAUUCUUCAUCGGGAUCUCCAGGAUCUGCUAUUGAUUUGCAAGAUGAAGAAUUCUAUCGUCAAAGUAUUGCUAAUUCGAAUGGAAUGAGCUUCUCAUCAUCGAUUUCUUCUUCACAGUCUUUUGUCAAUACUCAGGGAAGUAGCAGCUAUCAGUUUCAAUCAACGCCAACACCGAGUGGUGACACUCUGAUUCAUCAUUUUGGUCGAACUUCUUCCCCAACUAUGAAUGAGAGAGCGGGAGAGAGCUUUCGAGAGAGUUUCACAAGUACAGCCUCGAAUGCGGCGAGUGAUGUCGUUCAGCAUGAUGGGAGUGACAUCUUGACAAGCCCUGGAAGUGAUAUUUAG